GGGUGGGGUAGGGGGGUAGUCCUCAAUGAUCAUACACGCUGCCUGUCCGUCGCUGGUCGCCGUAAGAAAGCCUGGCAAUCGGUGGUACCAGGUUGGUGAUGAUGUCGACGUUAACUCGGCGGUUAACUCGUCGCACGAAAACGAACGGUCGUGGGUGGUGAUGGUGUUGCCGUUUGAUGAUCGCCAGUCGGAUAAUAGUGUUCUACUGUCACCGCCGCCUUUGCUACACGCCGAUCCUUUCCCUCUGGAUGAUAUCCUGGAUGUUUCUGCAAGAAAGAAGAACAAAAACAAUCUUGGAACUGUCCUAAUCCAGAUUGAAGAUCCUGGACGCGAAGGAAUCAAGGAAUCCGAGGGCGAAUCUUGCGGACUGCUCUUAUCCAUGCGAGUUAGUGGUCUGCUAAAAGCGUUCACGAGAGAUGCAAAACCAUGAGAAUGAAAUUCAGAAUAAUUUUCAGACGGAUGGACGAUCAUGGGACCGGUGUGCGUUUCAUCUGGCUAUGAUGCUAACGAUCAUUCGGAUGAUUUUCGUGCGGGACGAGCCGUAUUAGGAACAUGAUAGCGAUGACCGCUAAGUCGGACUGAACGAAGUUGCGAAAACGAGAUUGCGACGGACAAAUUUCAUCUCUCUCGAUAAUCGAACAAAUGCAGUCGCAAUAAAUGAAGAUUCACUCGAGAUAUGAUUGCACCGAAGUGUAUAUACCUUAUAAUAAAUUAAGGGGUAAGCUGAUGUCUCGGACACAAAACAUGUUUGCGAUAUAACUCGAUUUCUCCGGAUUUAUUCGAAUGUGAUUUAUUCGCUCGAUCAAUUCCGCUUGUGUUUUCUAAAUGACAAUAUUCGCUACAACAAUACGAUUAAUAUUUCCUAGUAAUAAAUUGUUCACAGGCACGCCUCGUGAGCGAAGAACUGUUUUUUUAUUCGCGCACAAUCACUCCGCGAGACCGAUCGAAAGUUUGUAUACGGGGGAGUUACGGGUUGUCACAAGCAAUUAAGUUAACGUCUUGUAAUAGUGUAAGGAACGGCACUUCUCGAGGGACAUCCUCUAUUGAUUUAGCAUCCGAGAUAUCUGAGAGCGCGAUUCGCACAAGGACUCUCGUGUUUCAGUCGUACAGUAUGCAAGUGGUGUGUAAUUCUGCACCCGAUUGCAGCCGGUGCCUGUUGUUUACAAUAACUGUGCGAUAUUAAUAUUGAUCCUUACGCUCCAUUUACCGGGCUAUAAGCGUCGCAUUCGCGGCUACUGUUAAGACACCUCAAGGCGUUUCAAGACGUAGCGGCAAGACUCUUAAGAUUCUAAAUUAUACAUGGGUUUUUUUUUUAAGCAAAGGCAGCACGUAUUCGCGAAGAUGGACCGCGAGAAUUGAUUGGGAUGAUAAAUCGAAUAUAUUGGCCCCUCGCAAUUUGACAACAUCGUUGUCGGAACAAAACGUGUCAAAGUGUGACGUGUCAAAACGUGUCAAAUAUUUCGAUACUCGGGUUCACGCAUGGAGCCGCAGAACUGUCACUUUCCCCGUCGUUCCCCAGCGACGGAAUUUACGCAGCAAUAGUAAAUCUCGGUUAACCCAAUCGCGAGGUGCUGACCGUUCCGGGGAAUACCCUGAACACCCUCGUGGAAGUGCGUGCACCGGAAACGGGAG